GUCCUCUGUGCCGUCAUUCGGUUCUAAUCAUACGGCAAGAGUUCAUCGAUAACCCGGGAAUCAGAGGGAAAUUUUUUUGAUAAUUCGGUCGCAAUUUUUUUUUCAUUCCCGGAGUUCGUCCUUUUUGCGAAUAGACUUUUGUGAUCAAAUAACUUCCAACUGUGAACGUUUUGUGUUAUGCAAAGUGUUGUUUACAUUUGGAGUGUCAUUAAGGUGCCGGUGUUGAAAAAUGGUCUUGAUUAAAUUUGUGUUGCUGUUAACGCUGGCGUUAUUUGGGGUGUUGGGUGCAGAUGACAAAGAGGAAAUGCCUGAAGAGACGGAAAUAAGGGAAGGAAAACAGUUCAGACCGGAGACAUGGCGAGCCGUGGACAACGAACGCUUAGACAUGUCGGGUUGGAUACCACAAGGAUCGCCACCUGACCAAAGACCGCAACCACUCCUCAAGAGGAGAAGACUGCGCAAAAGAAAACGCAGACCCACCCAGCCAAACGUCAACGACGACAAGCCCGCAGAGAUGCAAGACAGGAUCCUAUACCUACCGGGAAGACGCCAGCAACCCUCCAUCUUCGACGAGGUCUGGGACAUGGAACAGGAGAGCCCUAAACAGGCGGUGAGCCGUAGAAGGGUCGCGCCUUCCUACGAAACCGGAAACGCCGUCAAUUCCGACGUGGAACCGGAGAUAAUCACGCAAAAACCCUCCGACCCUUUGAGCGCUGUGAUACGCUUCGGGGAACCCGUCGAGGAAACGACCAAACCGAGGACGACGGAAAGGAUCAGGGAUCCCUUCGACGCCCUUAAAGAGGCGGAGGAGAAGCAAAAGACCCCCGAAGAAAUUAGACAAACAUCAGCGCCGCCAGACCUCAAAUCGUUGCUCAAGAAGACCGGGGGGACCAUAAGCCUCAGCGAGAUCCUCCAACAGAAGAAUCUCUCGUUAUCCGAACUACUCACAGGAAACGUGGACGCUAUUUCAGCCCUCACAACCCCUCCAGAGAGCACGGAAACGACUAAAGUGAUGGAACUCAACGAACAAACGAAAUAUCAAAGGAUCCCUCCGUCUGAACGAAAGAAGUUAACCGACAGGUUUUCCGUGAAAUCUGAUGAUUCAGAAGAAAUCGAACGUCAAGAAAUUCUAGAAGCCCAAAGGAAAAGACUGGCUCUCCUUCAAGCUCACAAAGAGAACAAGGUUUAUCUGGGAAUCACACACACUUACGAAAUCGUCACAGAACCAGUGACAGAAAGAAGGAUCUUCGUUCCUUCCCAUCCUAAACAUUACUCAACCACUAGCUACAUGCCUCUACUAUUCCAAAAUUCAUUCAAAACAACCACUUCCAAAACGCAAACAUACACCGAUCGAAAAGAGUCCCAAAAAGCUGGACUAAGUAACACAAAUAAACCUCUAAAAUUUUCCCACAAAAAACUGCCGAUAACCAGUGCUAAAUUACUAACCAAAACGACGAAAAAGACACCGAUGACUGAAAACAAACCAGUCGUGAUACCACCCAAAGCAAUUCCAAUAAACAUCGAUGAAAUCCUGAAGAAAGAACCACUUGAACAGACCAAAGAUGAACCCCUUCAAAUUUCGUUGAACUCCGAUCUUUCCACCAAACUCGAAGAAUCUCCAGAGGAUUCCAGUGAAAAACUGGAAACCUUGAGAGGUGGCGAGGAAAUAAUGGAAAUGUUGGAAGAUCCGAUAUAUAAAGACAAAUUAUCCAGGAUAUUACGAGAAAGGAAUAUGACCCUCCAGGAGCUGGUAGAUCAGAGGGAAAGAGGCUCUAGCCAACUGCAUUUAGCAGACAUAUUCCACAACAAAACGAGAGAACCAGAACCAAUAGACGAACCCUACGUUGGGAUGAUCAUCAAAAAUGAACCACCCCAUUACACCAGAGAACAAAAAAGCAUGAAAUUCGAAGAACAGACGUCAACAACUGAAGAUGUAAUAUCUGAAGUCAUCAUCGAGCAAAGUAGCGUAGAAGAGAACAUCAUACCCUCUUCAACAGAAAAGAAAACACCCCAAAUCGAUGUAUUCCCCAAAAAUACUAGCUUCAACUACGCGGCCAUCAUGCCAUUUUGGAAACAAUUCCAUCCCAAUCUAUUCAACAACCUCUACAAAGAUGAUGAGCCGUCAAACAGUGUUGAAAGAUUAGAAGAAAUCGAUAACAAACUCUCAGACGCCGUAAACCACCAGUUCAAUGUGGAUCUGACUCAGAGAAAUUACCACUUGGACGAGGAAUCAAUUUUUGACAUACCAAACGGAAUAAAAUCCGCACUCAUAGCUAGUUUCGCCAUCGUAGCGCUAAGUUUAUUCAUGUUCUUAACCAUCUUGCUCAUAUUCAAAUGGACGCAGAGAAAAAAGAAUAAGUUGAACUACAUGAGUAGUUUGUCGGGUAUCAAGAUCAAGUCUCCCAUUCUGGAGGUGCCUAGAAGAAGUGCGCUCAGGACUUUCGUUUGUGAAACGCUAGGUAGAAAGACUAAAUUUUACAAAUCGAACUUGCAGAGCAUGUCAGAUUCGUGGGACGACAAAAAGCAAAAAUUUUGAGAACUGACUGGAGAGAUGUCUUUUGGGGAUAUUUUCCCUCGCAGUUCGAUUUCAUUCCAUGGGUUUAGAGUUUUCUUUCUGCGCUCUAUACAGUGGAAUCGAGAGAAAUCUAAGGCUGUUUAGUAUAUUGGAAUGGCCAAACCAAUAUCGGAUUAGUGAUUUUUUACACAUAGUUAUUUUUGUGCCAAUUAUUCAAACUUUUUUUAUUUAUUCAUUUGCUGUUUGAAUUGACACGAUAAUCAUCCAGCAAUGAUGCCUUAAAUGUCACUGAAGAACUUAAAAUUCUUCACAUAAUUCCCGAAGAUUUAUUUUAGACGAUGAUAUACUGUAUGAAAAUCUACAAUUAAUUAAUUUGGAAUGAUCAUAUUCUCCAAUAAUUUCAUUCCAAGACAGCAGUAUUAUUGAAAAAUCGAAUAUAUUUUUCCCUGUGCAAUAUUUCACCAGUAGUUAAGAAAAAAUCAUCAAGAAUUGAAGAAAAGUCUUACUGAUGUGUAUAAAUAUUUCCACAUUUUUUUAACAAAAAUUUCCUGGAAACUAUAGACUUAAAAAUUAAAUUAUAUAUUAUGUAUAUUAUGUUCAU